UAUGCGUUUGUGUUAGUUCUAGGGUUCCGGCAAAGAUCGAUGAGAUUCAGUGUACAGUUUUAUAGAAUAACUUUGGAUUUGUUAUGAUUCUAAAAUGGCUGGUGACAAGGUAGUGCAUAGUUCUUCGCAUGCGAGCAAACAAAAGAUACAUCAAGGGGGUGCUUAUAAUGAAACUUUAAAUUUAGAAGAUGAUUUUGCUGAAUCAAUAGAAUACGUACCUUGUCCCGAAUUUGAUUUUCCGAUAAUAACUUGUUGUUUCUGUAAUGGGUAUUAUGGACCAUGUUUUGAAGAACCUGUGUGUUCAACAUGUCAUGCAUUUCUGUUUCCUAAUGACAUUGGUCUUUUACAAGUUCCAAUUUUUAGUGAAAAAACAGAUGAUGAAGAUUCAGGAAAUGAUGAGCCAACAGAGCUUUAUUAUAAUCAUGAAAGAAGAGCCAGUCAGCAACAACAAAAUUCUCCACAAAAUGCAUCUUCAAGUACACCAAACAUAUCAAAUAUGCUUAGCCUAAAUUCUCACAUAGCACAAUGUUUUACCUUGCAGAAAGAAAAUAUUUCAGCCAUACAGAAAAUACACUGUGGUAUAAAUAUACACAAUUCUAAAAGUACAGCAGCUUUACCACAAAAUGUGCAGUUUCCACAUGAUGCACAUUCUGAUUGCGUACAAAAUAUAAGUAAUGCACACAAUGAAACUCACAAGAAUCAUGAACGAGAGGUUUCUACUGCUCGUACUCUAUGUAUGGUAAAGGGAGAAUUACAUAACAUAGUUCCAUUCCAAAAAAGUAAGGAACUAGACAGUUAUCAGCAUUAUCAAUGGAAUUAUAAAGUACAUGAUAAUGUAGGAGAAUCAUCAAGAUCAUAUAGCUUAUCUGAACGAUUAGAGAUGUUAACAAAUUAUAAACAUGUCAGAUAUGAAUCUAUUUCGGAACCAGGGUUAGUUCCAGUGGAAAGAUUACCACCGGAAGUGUUGUUAGUUGUUUUUUCAUAUUUGGACGAUGUUAGUCUUUGGUCAGCUGCAAAUGUUUGUCGCAGAUGGUGUGGUUUAUUAUCAACGCAUGUAACAUCACAACAAUGGCAACAAAAUGUUAAAUUAAGAUGGCCUUUAUAUAAACCUAUUGGAUGUGUUAAAAAUUGGUAUAAAGUGUAUGAUCUUUUGGCUUCUUCAGCACCUUGUAGAACAUGUUUAGCACAAACGUGUUUGAGAUCGCAGUUGCCAAGAAUUCAAGAAAACUCAUGGAGAAAAAAUAGAUUACAUAGUGAACUUAAAAGCUUGAGAAUAGAUCCUCCUGAAGGUAUUGAAGCCACUCCAUUAGAUCAAAUGUGUUGUCAUUGGCAAGCUACAAUAACUGGACCUGUAGGAAGUCCAUAUGAAGGAGGUUUAUUUUAUCUUUAUCUACAAGUACCAUGCAGUUACCCCCUGUACCCACCAAUAGUAAGGUUCCUUACAAAAAUACUUCAUCCAAAUGUUUCUAGACAUGGUGAUGUGGGUAUAGACUCAAUACAUCACAAUUGGUCAUUAGCAUUGACAAUUUCAAAGGUGUUAAUCAGUGUCCAAAGCUUACUCACAGAUCCAUAUUGUCAGCUGUGA